ACGUCACGGCGCUCGUCGGCGCCGCCUGUGGCGUCACGGGUCGGGCCAGCGGGGCGUUCUAGGGGUCCUUCGCUCUUGGAGCCGCAGGCGGCGGGCGCGUGCGCGGCCCGAUGAAGAAGGUGGUUUCCAAGCAGUCUCCGCCCAAGUUGAUUGGUAGGUGCCCUCCCCGCGCGGGGCGCCGGUUGCUACGGACGCAGUGGCGGCCGCUGGCUGGCGGGCGUGCGCGGGGUCGCCGCGGGGGCGGCGCAGCCUCGGUGUCUCGGGGCCGGGCGGUGCAGGGUCACGCUCACCGCCGGGACGGCACCAUGAAGUCUCUAAAGAAGGAUUCCCGCCUCAAAAUAACUCCAGCCAGAUUAUUAGAGGCCGCAGAGAGCUUCAAAGAAAAGAAACGGGCAAAGGGACCUGAACAACCCACACCCCCAAUUCAGGAAGAGCCUGAACCUGUUAGCAAUGUCCUACAAGGAGAUGACAUUCUUGCUUUGGCCAUUAAGAAGGAAGACUUGAAGGAGCAACAUAUUCCUCGCCUUACUGAAAAGGAAGAUAAACGCGUCAUUACCCAGAAAUUUAUCAUCCGUAAACUCAAACCCACGGAUCCUAGGAGGAAGGUCUGCCACCUUGUAGCACGUCCUGCAAAUCCCGAUGCAGCCACAAAGCCUCUGGACUACUCUGGUCCCGGUGACAGCUUCGAUGGCAGUGACCAGAUCCUGCCCCACCACAUCUUGGGGAGUCUCCAGGACUUUAAGAGAAUUGCACUUGCUCGAGGGAACACCCGGCUGGCUGAGCUGAUACCUACCUCACCCUGUCUGAUGACCCUCAUCUCUGCUAAAGGAGAGUCAAAGCAAAAAGCCCCAAAAGAAGAGAAGAGACCUCCCUGGGCCCCACCUCCUCAGCACAACUUUCUGAAAAACUGGCAGCGUAACAUAGCCCUGCGGAAGAAGCAGCAGGAAGCCCUCAGUGAACACCUAAAGAAGCCGAUCAGUGAGCUGCUCAUGCACACUGGGGAGACCUACAGACGGAUCCAGGAGGAGCGGGAGCUCAUUGACUGCACACUUCCAACGCGGCGUGAUAGGAAAAGCUGGGAGAACAGUGGGUUCUGGAGUCGACUGGAAUACUUGGGAGAUGAGAUGACAGGUCUGGUCAUGACCAAGACAAAAACUCAGCGUGGCCUUAUGGAGCCCAUCACUCACAUCGGGAAGCCCCACUCCAUCCGGGUGGAGACAGGAUUACCAGCCCAGAGGGACGCUUCAUACCGCUACACCUGGGAUCGGAGUCUAUUUCUGAUCUACCGACGCAAGGAGCUGCAGAAAAUCAUGGCAGAGCUGGAUUUCAGCCAGCAGGAUAUUGAUGGCCUGGAGGUGGUGGGCAAAGGGCAGCCCUUCUCAGCUGUUACUGUGGAAGACUACACAGUGUUUGAAAGAAGUCAGGGAAGCUCCUCUGAAGAGACAACAUACUUAGGCACAUUGGCAAGUUCCUCUGAUGUCCCCAUGCCUAUUCUCGGCCCUUCUCUUCUGUUCUGUGGGAAGCCAGCUUGCUGGAUCAGAGGCAGUAAUCCACAGAACAAGAGGCAGGUCGGGAUUGCUGUUCACUUGACCUUUGAAACCCUAGAAGGCGAGAAAACCUCCUCAGAACUGACUGUGGUCAAUAAUGGCACCGUGGCCAUUUGGUAUGACUGGCGACGGCAGCACCAACCGGACACUUUCCAAGACCUGAAGAAAAACAGGAUGCAGCGAUUUUACUUUAACAGCCGGGAAGGUGUGAUUCUGCCUGGAGAAACUAAAACCUUUACCUUCUUCUUCAAGUCUUUGACUGCUGGGAUCUUCAGGGAAUUUUGGGAGUUUCGAACCCAUCCUACUCUAUUAGGAGGUGCUGUGCUACAAGUCAAUCUCCAUGCAGUCUCCCUGACCCAGGAUGUUUUUGAGGAUGAGAGGAAAGUACUGGAGAGCAAACUGAUGGCCCAUGAGGCAGUCACCAUCGUUCACGAAGUGCUGCAGGAGGUGCUGAUGGGGGUCUUGACCCCGGAGCGCACACCAUCACCUGUGGAUGCCUAUCUCACCAAGGAAGACUUGUUCCGGCACAGGAAUCCUCAGCUGCAUUACGAGCACCAAGUGGUGCAAAGCCUGCAUGAACUGUGGCGCCAGUACAUGACUCUGCCCCCCAACGCUGAGGAGGCCAGGCCAGGAGACAAGGAGCACGUCAGCCCCAUAGCCACAGAGAAGGCCUCUGUGAAUGCCGAGCUCUUACCGCGCUUUAGGAGCCCCACCAUUUCUGAACCUCAAGUGCCCCAGCCUGAGAAUGAGGCCCUCAGGGAAUCCGGAUCCCAGAAGGCCAGAGUGGGAACCAAGAGUCCUCAGCAGAAGAGCAUCAUGGAGGAGAUCCUGGUGGAGGAAAGCCCAGAUGUGGACAGCGCCAAGAGCCCCUGGGAGCCGGAUGGCCUUCCCCUGCUGGAGUGGAAUCUCUGCUUGGAGGAUUUCAGAAAGGCAGUGAUGGUGCUCCCUGAUGAGAACCAGAGAGAGGAUGCGCUGAUGAGGCUCAACAAAGCAGCCCUGGAGCUGUGCCAGAAGCCAAGGCCAUUGCAGUCCAACCUCCUGCACCAGAUGGGUUUGCAGCUAUGGCGAGAUGUGAUUGACAGCCUGGUGAGCCAUUCCCUGUGGCUGAGGUCUCUGCUGGGCCUGCCUGAGAAGGAGACCAUCUAUUUGAAUGUGCCUGAAGAGCAAGAUCAAAAAUCACCUGCCAUCAUGGAAGUGAAGGUACCUGUGGGGAAAGUUGGGAAGGAGGAGCGGAAAGGAGCAGCCCAGGAAAAGAAGCAACUGGGGAUCAAAGACAAAGAAGACAAGAAAGGAGCCAGGCAGGACCGUCCCAACAGCAAGAAGCACAGGGCAAAGGACGACAAGAAAGUCAUAAAAUCUACAAGUCGGGACAGGUUUUCCUUGGAAGACCCUAUCCCUGACAUCAACCUCCCUUCUCAAGAACCCAUAGACCCCCUGGUCAUGGAGAAAUACACCCAGAGGCUGCACAGCGAGGUGAAGGGAAGCACCCAGCAGCCAUUCCCCCGCCUCCCACCUGCCUCAUUCAUUCUGUUCAGUCUGCAAACAAUAAGUGCCCACUCCAUCAUGGUGGAAGCAGAGCUGCUUCAGGAAGGGCAUCCUCGUGUGUGAGACAGGCCUCAUGAAUAAGAAAUGUGCCUAGCGUGUUAGGUGAUGAGCACGAUGUGAGAGAAGAUAGACCAGGCAGGGAAUGGAGGCACAGAGGCCUCAGUGAGGAGGUGACAACCCACAAAGACUUGAAGGGAGAGGAAGGGAGGCCAAAUGGAUGUCCAGUGAAGAGUGCUUUAGGCAGGGGGAGCAACUGCCACAGGAGGGAGGGGCCAGAAGGGACAGGGUGGUAGAUGGGGAACAGGUCGUAGGGGUGAGGGAUGGUUUGUAGGCUACUGUGAAGACUUGGGAUUUUUCGGAGUGGAAAUGAGAAGUCAUGCAAGGUUUUGAAGAGCAACGCGAUAGGGUCUGAUAGGCUUUAGAAGAUGGCUCUGGCUGCCCUUUGGAGAACAGACUCUAGGGGAACAGAGAGGAAGGAAGCCCUUCUCUUUAUGCUGCUUCCACUUACUCCCCGUUAGGUGCAUCCUGGCAGACGUGUUCCUUGGGAGAACACCAUGUAGGGUGCAUUCCCAUCAACUGUAAGGUUUUUGAAGGACUAGAGAGACUUCAUCCUAAUCCGUUCUUAAGUAGCAGGUCCUUAGAGAUUCACCCAGGUUUUCCGUUUGGUUUUUUUUGUUACUGUUGUUGUUUUGGAAGGGAGGUCCACAAAGCCAUUUUCAAUAUGUCAGUAUGUCUAAUGGCCACGCCUUGUAUUCUUCUAAGGUGGACACCUGGGGAGCUGGGAUUACAUCAUGUAUGUGUUCACACUCUGGA